GGUGUCUGUCAGCAGAGGAACACCCACCUGGAGCUCAGGUGUGACCAGGAGGACGGGGGCGGGGCUUUAGAUUCGUCUCCGAACUGAACGCCGACCUGUUCUCAAAGGACCUUCUGCCUUCCCGAGCAAGCAACAGAAAGCAAAAAAUUGAAUAAAUUGCUCCAGUGUUCAGUACAUAGAGGAGGGAAUCUUAAGUCCUUUCUAGCCACCACCAUGCCUGAGACCGCAGAGUCCCACUCCCACACUCUGACCACCAACCGGAACUGCACCAUCGAGAUCACCAACAUCACCGCCAACUACUGUCUGGUCAACCCAAAGGUUCACAUGGAGAGCGGCUUCCCCUUCAGCCCACCGCAGCCCACCGUACGAGCCAACAAGCCCGAGGUUUGCUCCUUCAUCAAGGACGACCACACGGCGUCGGGCGCUGUGGGAGUCAUGACCUACGAGCUGUUCGACAUGCGCAGCCGCCGGUGCAGCGAGCAGAUGGCGGUCAUGUUCUCCGUGCCGUUCGACUACAACUUCUACAAGAACUGGCUGGGGCUCGGCCUCUACGAGCGCGACCGAGCCUGCGACCACAAGCUGUACGACGAGAUGUACAACCACAAGGACCAGACCAACUUCAUCCGCCACGAGGCCGACGGUUCGGGCGUGGUGUUCAGGGGCCAGACGCUGGACGUGAGGGCCUGCAUGUCCAACGAGGGCCAGGCCAUUAUCAAGCUGGAGCUGUACGACAGGAUGGGCUGAGGGGACGAAACGAGGCAAAAAGUCUUUCCACUGUAUCGGUGCUUUUAAUGAAUAAAAAACAGUUGAAUCCA